AAAGAGCUGAUACCUAGAAAGAUCUUAUCAGAGUUUUUGAUGCACAUAAACAUGAGGACCACCUGUAAUUUUAUUUCUUUGACGGUAAAGCAUUCCCUGCCACUCCAACAAGUCCUUUGCGGAACGAAGUUUAAUCCUAACUAAACAAACCAUUAAAGUUUAUCUUUGCAAAGAAUCCUUGAUAGAGAGGCCUCUGUAUCUGUGUUUCCUAUUUCAGACAUUUCUUCUUGUGAUGGGUGUGGUGGGCGUGAUGGUGGUGGUGAUUCCUUGGACUGUGAUACCCCUGAUUCCACUUGGCAUCAUCUUCUUUGUUCUUCGGAGAUAUUUCUUAGAGACAUCACGAGAUGUGAAACGCCUGGAAUGCGCAACUCGGAGCCCGGUCUUUUCCCACUUAGCAUCUUCUCUCCAGGGACGCUGGACCAUCCGGGCGUUCAAAGCCCAACAGAGGUUUCAGGAGCUGUUUGACGCUCACCAGGAUUUGCACUCAGAGGCCUGGUUCUUGUUUCUGACCACGUCCCGAUGGUUCGCCCUGUGCCUGGAUGCCAUCUGUGCCGUCUUUGUCAUUGGUGUUGCCUUUGGGUCCCUGUUUCUGGCAGAAACUUUGAAUGUCGGGCAGGUGGGCCUGGUGCUGUCUCUCGCCCUCACGUUCAUGGUGAUGGUCCCGCGGUGCGUCAGGCAAAGUGCCGAAGCCGAGACUAUGAUGAUUUCAGUAGAAAGAGUGACUGAAUAUACAGACCUUGAGAAAGAAGCACUCUGGAGAUACAGGUAUCGUCCACCGCCAUCCGGGCAUCAUGAAGGAUUGAUUAUCCUUCAUCACGUGAGCUUCGGGUACAGCUCAGACGGGCCUCUGGUACUGAAGGACCUGAUAUCAUCGAUUCCCCGAAGAAGCAAGGUUGGCAUUGUGGGAAGAACAGGAGCCGGAAAAAGUUCUCUCGUCUCGGCCCUUUUCAGAUUGUCGGAACCCAAUGGUAUAAUUCGGAUUGAUGGGAUCUGGACACACAACAUUGGACUUCACGAUUUAAGGAAGAACAUGUCAGUCGUACCUCAGGAACCUGUUUUAUUCACUGGAACAAUGAGGAAAAAUCUGGAUCCCUUACAUAAGUAUACGGAUGAGGAACUGUGGAAUGCCUUAGAAGAGGUUCAGCUUAAAGAAGCCGUUGAAAGUCUCCCUGGGAGACUGAAUACUGAAUUAGCAGAAUCUGGAUCGAACUUGAGUGCUGGACAGAGACAACUGGUGUCCUUUGCCAGGGCUAUUCUCAGGAAAAAUCAGAUAUUGAUUAUUGACAAAGCCACAUCCAAUGUAGAUCCCAGAACCGAUGAGGUAAUUAAGAAGAAAGUCCGUGAGAAAUUUGCCCAGUGCACUGUGGUAACCAUCACAAACAGGUUGAGCACCAUUAUUGACAGCGAACAGGUGAUGGUAAGAGCCUCGUCUGUGGAAUUUCAGUUGUUUCCGUUUAUGUUCAAUUUUUUAACUCAUCCUUCCUUGUAAACCUUGAUAGAAACCUCCAAAUAAUUUAAUUUUCUCUUAAUUUCUCCUCUGAUUCCUGAUGUUAACUCAGGUACUUAACUCUGCUUUCUGAAGGUGCUUUUGAAUAAUUUCAUAUUAAAAAUUUAUUUGCAUUGUCAUUUUUGAAAGAUGGUUAACCAUGAAAAUAUUCAAAAUCCAUGUUUGGCUUCAUAUUUCAGAUGGUGGGACAUAGUCACUGUCACUGUGUCACAGCUGUUUCAGCUUUUUUGGAUGUCCUUGAUCCAGAAAAUUCGCCUCUCAUUUAGACUGCCCUGAGGAGGUUGGCUAGGGUUCCAGAAUUUCUCAGAACCUCUGUUGCUGUCAGAGGGGGGUCCAUGAGAAGAAAUGGCCUAGUGAGAAAAAUAAAGUAGUUCAACAGAAGGGAUUUAAUAUAGGAAAUUUGUUACAUAGGAAUUUGAGGGAUAGAAAAAUGAAAGGAAACACUGGGAUAAGAAUUUUAGGAACCAACUCCCAUGUCCUAGGACAGACGUCCAGACCUAAGAACCGAGAGGAGAGGCUCUAAAGAGUCAGCACUCAAUCCUCCAAGUCACCGUCCAGCUGCUGGUCAUGUCUGUGAGGGAGCCCGAGGAGGCAGGUUCUCCAUGUGCUGAGAGAGCUGGGAGCUGGGAGCAGUCAUCACUGCUGAGGUGAUGCUGCAGGAGGAGCAGAGACCAGGUAGACCAUUAGCUCUGAGUCCCACCGUCAGUCUCCCUCUUGUGCCCCCUAAUGGCAGAACCUCCCAAAGGGGAGCAGGUCACAGAGCCUCUGAAAUGAGAUUUGAGAGACCCAGCCUCUGCAUCACAGGUGAGAGGGUAGAAAGAAGGGAGAUGGGGAGCUGAGGGCCUGUAGAGAAACACCCAGCAAGUGUCUUACACAGCAGAUCUGGACUCUGCACACACAGCAGGCUCCAGGCUUGGUCUGUGGGUGUCUGUCUAGUGUCUUUCUUCCUGUUGUGAUUGGCGCUUUGUUCUUUAGUGAUUUAACAUUUCCUUCCUUAGCUCUAUUUCCUUCCUUCCUCCCUUUAUUCCUUUACUCUUUCUUUUUUAAUCUUCUCUCUUUCUUUGUUCUUUCCCUCUGUUUUUGCUGAGUUUCAAUAUAUGUUAGGGUGUGGCUUUAUAAAAUGAUAAGGAAAUCAUCCCUGAAAGGAAAAACCUUUGGCUGCAUAUAAUCCCACAGGAAUGCAAAGUAUUUUAAGGUUAACCCCUAGCCUGUGACAAUGAGUUGAUUUCAGUGAUCUUAUUAAUGCUAAGUAACCACUGUCAGGAGACACCACAGGAUCCAGUGAUGCUUGCAGGAGACUCCGAUGAUGGCUACCAUUUUUUAGCAAUAAAUUAUUUUUACGUUAAAGUCUACACAUUGUUUUUUUAAGAAACAAUGCUAGUGCACACUUGAUAGGCUACGGUAGAGUGUAAACAUAACUUCUCUGUGCCCUGGGACACCAGAGAAUCAUGUGACUCACUUUAUUACGAUGGUCCCUUCAUUGUGGUGUUCUGGAACUGAACCUGCAAUGUCUCCGAGCGAUGCCUGUACCUGUUUCCUUUCCAGAAAGCAGGUGAUUGUCUGUUCUGAAAGGUUUAAGGACAUAAAGACAAGUCCAUCAGCUGCAAAGCUUAAUGCUUCAGAGGGCAGGCAGCCAGCCUCUGGGUUGGGAGAGUGACUGGGGAGUGAUGGACACUGAUGAAGGGCAUAACCAUCAGUGCUGUCACCUUAAAGUCCAGUCACUGCAAGUGCUUAAGCUGUAAUUAUUAGAUUUUGCUGCACUGGUGACUAUUCUGCUGAAAGAUGGGUGAUGUGCUUUUGUUUACUAUAAGUCAGUCAAACAGAAGUCUGGCUGGUAAACAACAGUGACCUGGUAGGUAGCUUUAUGUGUUGGCUCUCCAAAGGGAUUCAUUCAGUUUUGCUUCAUGACACACCAUGAGUGGGUGAGACUUAGAAUUCUGUUCUACAAAGAUGUUCUCUCAAUUUCAACUUUAUUAAACAUGGUGUAGUCAUAAUGACACAUAAUUUAAUCUUCCUUAUUUACCCCGUUAUCACUAAACAGGAGAACAAGACAAAUUAGAAAUCCUCUCUUUCCUAAGAGUUACCACUGUCCCCGCAUUGAAGGCUGCUUCUUGUGGUUUUUAGGACCACCUGGUCGCUUGUGGCCUGUUCUCUCUUCAGCCGGUGGCACAGCUUUCCUCCAAUCCCUGCACACUCCUGUCUUCAUAAGCACCCCCCACACCCCCAGAUUCUCCCUGGUAGUGUGAGCACAGGAAGCAGGUAAAAAUCUGCUGUUGCUCCAACUCUGGUGUUGCCUGUGUUCAGCAUUUUCACCACCAGCAGUUCGAGGAUUCUUUGGAAACGAAGGACCCGAACCAGGGCCAGGAAGCUCUUCUGUCCACAGGCAGUCUUGUGGUUUUAUGUCCUUUUCCUUCUUCCUCAAUGCAAGCCUCUUCUUGGAAGUUUUUCCCAGUGAAAUGAAAACCAGAAACUGUUGUAACAUAACCACCUGAAAAGCACAACAAUGGCCCACACCUAACUAGAGUGUUACUGAAAUUCUAUAUUUCACCUUCAUGGAAUGUUUCUUUCAUAAGCCUACAUGGCCGCAGUUAAAACAUUUCAAGGAGAAAAGCUCUUUCAAAGACAUACUAAAAGGAGGAGUUCCCAUCAUGGCGUAGUGGUUAAGGAAUCUGACUAGUAACCAUGAGGAUGUGGGUUCGAUCCCUGGCCUUGCCCAGUAGGUUAAGGAUCUGG